UCCCUCUAGCUCCAGGUCAACCUUAAAUACGGGAGUGUCUCAGCUGUCAAUAACAUGAGGAUAUGGAGUCAUCAACAGAUCCAGAGAAGCAACAUUUGAUUGAGACUCAUUCGGAGCCUCUUGUGUGGGUGAGCGGUCCAGAGAAAAAGUGCUCAGACUCAGAAUUCGGUGAAGACGCCCUCAGUGUGGAGGGGCUGUGGCAGCACGAAUGGCUCUGCCAAGAGGCCGAUUGGAGGUCGGUGACUGAAAGGGACUCGAGAUGUUUGGCCAGAAAAAAGCUUUUCACUGCAUGUGCCGUCAGCCUCGUGUUCAUGACGGGAGAGGCCAUUGGUGGAUACGCCGCCGGCAGUCUGGCCAUCAUGACGGACGCAGCUCACCUUCUGACUGAUUUUGUCAGCAUUGUAAUCAGCAUCUUCUCUCUGUGGAUCGCAUCAAGGCCUCAGACAGGAACCAUGACUUUUGGAUGGUAUCGAGCUGAGAUUCUGGCCAUGUUUCUAUCAGUCGUGUCGAUCUGGGCCGUGACAGUAGUGCUCGUCUUAUCAGCCGUGCAGAGGAUCUCCGACGGGGAAUACGAGAUUGACAGUGAGAUCAUGCUCAUAACAUCAGGCUGUGCUGUAGGGGUCAAUGUCCUGAUGAUCCUGAUCUUGCAUCAGCCUGGCAACUCACAUGGCCACAGCCAUGGGUUUGCCACCAACCUGGCCCAGAGGGACAAGCAUGGGCAGAGGAACGGCCACGGUAAUGCAAGUGUGAAGGCAGCUUUCGUUCAUGUGGUGGGAGAUCUGGUGCAGAGUGUCGGUGUCAUGCUGGCUGCCACCAUCAUCCACUUCUGGCCUGAAUAUAAAGUAGCAGAUCCAAUUUGCACCUUCCUGUUCUCUCUUCUCGUUAUUGGGACAACGCUUCCUGUCACAAAGGAUGUUUUCAGGAUACUGCUGGAAGGCGCUCCUCGGGACGUGAGUUUCGGCGCCGUGAGAGAGCUGCUGCUGUCUGUAGGAGGAGUCACCGCCAUUCACAGUUUACACAUGUGGAGCCUCAACACGACUCAUUCUCUGCUUUCCGUGCACCUUGCCACAGAGGAAGAUGCUGAUUCGCAGAUCAUCCUCAGGAAGGCAACAAGGGUCCUGCGCUCCAAGUUUGGUUUUUCCAGCAUCACAAUUCAAGUAGAGAGCUGCAGGAUUUCGGGCAGCAGUGUAGAGGUUUAAAGUUGACUGAACAGGUGACUGCAAAAGUAAAGGCACUGGGUGCUCCCAUUUAACAGCUUCAUAUUUGGGACUGAGGCGGCACGGUGGUUAGCACUGUUGCCGCACAGCAAGAAGGUCCUGAGUUCAAUUCCACCAUUGGGGUCUUUCUGUGUGGAGUUUGCAUGUUCUCCCCGUGUUUGCGUGGGUUCCCUCCGGGUACUCCAGCUUCCUCACACCGUCCGAAGACAUGCAGCUUGUAAAGCUUAUAAAUAUGCACAGUAUAAUGCCAUCACUACAAUAUACAUGUUUUACACACUCCUUUUGUUGUUGACAUUUACAGGCUGUGUGCAAAAUGCCACACUCUUCAAAUUCAUGCCAACUAAUAUUUUUACGUCCAGUAGAUGUCCUACUAGAGCAAAUGAAGCUUCAAGACGCUUUGCGCUGCGGUGAACCAACUGGAUGAAAAGCUUCAGUGCUUCAUGAAGCUUCAUCUGCCCAUCACUACAUACAGCAACAACAUGGGAAUAGAGCAGCUGCGAGAGAAUUCAGCAUUAAUGAAUCAAUGGUACGGAAGUGGAGGAUCGCAGUUUUUGGCUUUCCCCAUAUUCCAAAAGUGCUUCGUCUCUUUGCUAUUACUGUCGCCGGCAUAAUUUGCAGAUUAUGCCAAUUUUACUUUAAAAUUGUUUGUAACCGCUGCAAUGCUUUCGACCAAAACAGGCGCAGCUUGAUGACAUCAUCAACAUGCGCUAUCGCGGUAGAGCAGUAUAGGUCAAAAUCUCUACCGCUGGCCAAAUUUAUAUCGUUUCUACCGUAUGCUGUUUAUACCGCCCACCCCUAAUUCAAACCUCUGGUUUACUGUGAGCAACUCCCAGCCUAAAACGCUAAAAACAAUAAAACCACAAAUGUUUAAUAAAGAAGAACGUUAAAACAUUAUUGUUGGCCACAUGCCGGCAAAGUUAUUUGCCAUUAGCAAUGUUAGUACUAACUGGGUUUUAAAGCCUUUACUUUGAAAUACUUAAUCUUACAGAAAUGUGAUGAUUUUAUGGAUAAUUAAAGUCAGUCAUAUAUCC